AUGAAUCGAUUUAAUGAAGCUUUACAAGAACUGCAACCCGAAUUGGCACUCAAAAAAACGAAAUACGAUCCAGCAGCCUGGGAUAAGAACUUUAUUGAAUUGAAAGAACUGCGGGAAAACUGCCAAACGUAUCGCAUUUAUGCUUUGAGAACUCUUGGUCAAGCUGCUGUAACGGCUGCGGAACGACUACGAAGUGCUGAUGGCACACGAUCAGACGUCGGAACCCAAUACGAACAAAAUGACAACAUUGAUGUAGGCAUAGAGCAAGUAGUCAACGUCGAUGAAGAUACGGUGUAUGAUGAUUUGGACGACGUUCAGAAAUUGAUGAAAUUUUUUAUCUGUUAUGUAAAUGGAGAGCUUAUGAACGAUGCACAAGGGACUUUUCUUCGAAAAAUGAUGGAACAAAGAGUUUCAAUUCAGGAUCGGUUGCUGGCGUCAGCAGCAGAAAGUUUGCUGAAUGAAGAUGGAUGGACGAACCAAAUGGAAAUCAACAUAAAGUUGUGUUUGUCAAGUAUUGUAAGCCUUAUCUCUCCAGAAUCAAUCGCAUUUACCAAAACGAUCUUGACAUCCUCGCAAAUGACAUCCUUGAUCGAACUCUCUGUGUCUGAAACAUUCGGCUUCUCUGAUGAAUGCAUAAGAGUAUUUGAUCAAUUAAUAUCAGAAAGAACAAUCUUCGAACCAGACAGCAUCAUUGAGAACAUCUACAAGCUUCAAGCAAAGUAUUGCUGGCACAAGAAUUCGGAUUUAUAUAGAAUGCUUUGUAUCCUUCAGCAAGUUAUCUCACAAUUCGAUGACUGGAGUGAACAGACUGACGAAUCAGAAAACACGGUAUUCAGAAGAUUUGCUGUUUUGCUUGACAUUUUGUUCAGAUACACCAAGAUAAAAAUGAGGGAUGGUGAAUGCGUGGCUCAAAUAACAAAAGAUGAAAUCAUUGUGUUACAAACCAUCGCUGGAUUUGUCUCCUCGUCGAAUGAAGCACCAUAUGGCAAAAAACAUUCGAACCAAUGCUACAAUCUUGUCAAGACUCCUGCGGAUGGGCUACUCCGAAUCGAUUAUUGCCAUGGAUUGGAAAGAGGGACCAGCGGCUACGCGUAUACCUUAUCAUUUACCAAUGGUGUCUUUCUUACAAAGAAGCACACAGAAUUGAUGAUACCAAAGCGUAUAACCCAACUGCAAUCAUUCAAGGAAACAUUAAAGUUUAUGUUCAUAUGGAAGAAUCAUCUGCUCAACAUGGUCGCAAGUGUUGAUCAAAAGCCAAACAAAGAUGCUCUUCGUGGUAUCGUUAACUUCACAGAUGCCGGCACCAACACCUCCAAUAUCCCUCCAGUCAUGGUAGCAACCCCAAAAUCUCAGCUCAACAUUGCUGAUAAGGCCGGGGCAGCAGAUGCGAUUGUUGUUAAAGAUGCUUUGUACAUGCGCAUGUCGGACAGAAUUUUCGGUAUUGCCGAGUUACCAAGCGACGUUGCCAGUAAAUUAAACAUUGAAAAAGUUGACCACGAAGCAGUUGCAAUUAGUAAUAUAGCUGCCCGAAAAGAUCCAUUGUUGCCUCAAAAACAUAGCACGCAGCUGAUGUACCCUGAUGGGUCUACAAGUAAAGAAAAGGACGACUUGUAUACUUUUAUUGCUUCACAGCUCGGCACAAGUAUGCUGUAA